GGAAGGGGCCGGUGUUCGCGCGAAUGGCGGUGCGGAGUCAGGGUGGCUCGAGUUGGGUCCCUGCAGGCUGCCUUUGCAUUUUGCUGCUUGUUUCCUUUACUGUUCAAUAUAUUGAAACAACCUAAGUGUACACUGAUGGAUAAAUGGAUAAAGAAAAUAACAAGAACAUCAAGUUCAUAGAUACAGAGAACAGGUUUUAAUGAAGAAACAUCUUAGUCAUUUCAGUUCUAACAUUAAUAUUUACAAUUUGGAGUUGUCAACAUUCUUAUAAGAUAUAUUUUGGCAAUCAAAAUGAAAGCUUUCUUUGAAGUUUUAGAACAGUUGUACAGUAAGGUACUUCUCGGAGCCACCCUGGAAAAUGACAGCCAUGAUUACACCUUUUAUCUCAACCCAGCAUCUUCAGAUCAAGAUUGCUCCAGAACCACCUCUUCAGACUGCUCAAACACACUUGAAGUUCAGCGCAAGCAUCAGCCAUCCUCUGUCCAUCUGGCUACCCUUUCUGUAGCAAAGGAGGCUGUAGCACCUCUGUGUUUGAAGAGACCCUCUCAGAUGAGCAGUACCCGAGAAGUAGUGCUCCUUCAGUUAACAGUGAUCAGAGUGAUGAUAACCAGAAUAUUGUCUGUUGAAACAGAAUUGCAUGCAAAGGAGAAAUACAGAGAUAUAAUUAAACUUCUUUUACAGUCAUCUGACAUUGAUUCUAAAUUAACAUGUAUGUUCCAAAACUCGGAUAAAUUAUUAUCUCACAUGGCUGCAAAGUGCCUUGCACUACUUCUGUAUUUCCAAUUGAAAGAAAAGGUAACAUUAAGUAAUUCCUGGAUUUCUUUUUGCCAGAAAAAUCUUUCUGAAUAUUCUGAAAGUGAUGAAGUAGUUUACAGUCUCUGGAUUCUAACUGCUGUAAUAAAAGAAAUCUUUAGAGAUACAUGUUCACAAAAAACAGAAAUUCUAAAGCAGUUCCUGACUCCUUUUGACACUAUUUUUGAAGUCUUUUACAAUUCCUUGUUUUCUCAGCAUUUUGAAAAUCACCAAGAUACUUAUAAACUAAUAAACAGCUUGAUAAGUUUCUUGGAAUUGCUUGAACUUCUUAUAGCCUCCAGAAUCCACCUAAAAUUACAUUUCAUUUGCCAGAGGAUUUUAUUUUUGAAACCUUCCUGUGUGUUAGAUGUUAUUACCUGGCCUGUUCAGGCUUUUGUCAAAAGGAAGUUCAUCAUAUUCAUCAAAAAGUGCCUUCUCUGCAAAAUGGGUGAAGACGUUUGUCAGGUCCCUGCCUUCAUGCCGCCAGAUCAUCAUUUCAAUGUGGAUAUGUUGGCUUUGGCUGAUGCUGUUCUGCAAGCUGUGGAUUUGGGCUUAUUGAGGACAUUGUCUGUCCAUGGAAAACCUUCCUGCUUUGGAGGUGAUGAAGUCCAGCCUGGAUGUGAGCAUGUCCCUGGUCCAGAUCAUGUGAUGCUUAGAGCAGCAAGCCUACUUAUCAUUAGAUCCUUGGAAAUCAAGUUUCAGAAUUGUGCUUCAGCAAAAGAAAUGAAAGUUGAUUUACAGAGGUUCAUGUUUGAGUUACUGACCUUCUUAAAGCCUCACCUUCAGCCCUCUCUGCAGUCAUACAAUCUUUGUGAGUGGUUGCCUAGGGUCUUCAUAGAACAAGACGAUGACAUGCUAGAGGCUGCCAAAGCAUCAAUGGGUGUCUACCUAAAGUUGACCAGAGAAUGUGAAGCUACAGAAAGUUUGACCCAAGAAAAAGAAAUGUGGAACCAUCACACACAUGAAAAUGGCUAUAAUCCACACUGUAUUUUUUUAUUCUUAUUAAAAAAUAUUGGAUUUGAUUCUACAGUUCUUCUUGAUUUUUUGAUUUCAUCAGAAACCUGUUUUCUCGAAUAUUUUGUCAGAUAUUUAAAAUUAUUGCAAAAAGACUGGGAUAAUUUUUUCACCAUUUGCAAGUACUUUGAUGUAGCAGAGUCUAAAGAUAACAUAAAUAUUUGUUAUCACACCUUCUCACUUGUCCAAGACAGAAGCAGCAACCAGAGGGAACCUAGUCCUUUGGCUGCUCUCGGUAGUCACAGAAAUACUUGUGCUCGGGUCUUCUGGGCUUCUGAUGCUUCUUCAGAACCACUGAACCAGGCUGCGAUGUCCAGCAAGGCCCACACCACGCUCCAGGAUAAUAGUCUGUCUCCACCCCAAGCUCCUCAGAGUCUGGUAGAUUAUGACAGCUCUGAUGAUUCUGAAGACGAAUCCACAAACCAGCCUUUAACAAACAGUGGACUAACAUCUUUACACCAAGAAGCAAUGAAGAAAAUUCAGGACACAGUUGGAACAAGUAGGGAUAAAAAAGAAUUUAGCCUGGAGCCUCAGUCAAGGCUUCUGGUUCCCAAAGAAUCUGAUACUCCCUCCCCUGUUGAUUGUGACAUGACCCCAAAUAACACUGCCUCUGAGGUGGUACUGUCUUACAAAACAGUAAAGUGCUUUGAAGAGCUACAAGGUGCCAUUUACCGUUUGCAGAAGAGACAUCUAUUCCCAUAUAAUCCCACAGCACUCUUGAAGUUGUUAAAACACAUUGAGACAAUAUAUAAUAAAAGUAUGAACUCUUUGUAAAA